UGUAUGUGGACUUUGAUUUAUUUGUAUGGAGAGGAGAGGAGGAGAGGAUGAGUGAGGGGAGAGGAGCCAAUACCGAGGACACCUCGGGAGAGUCUGCAGGUGGAGAUAUGAAUUCCGUCAGAGACAUCUUCCAGAGCGCGCCUUUAUCUUCGGAUACCUGGCCACACGCAGACCAUGUGCGGCAUGUAUGAGUAACGGCGCUGACAAUGAAAUGGUGUCCGAUGACUUCCUAGAGCAGGAAACGCCAACCAUGGAUUGGACGGAGGUGAAGGAUUUAUUCAAUAAGUUCCUGAAGGAUGGAGAACAGAUCGAGAGCACGAUAAGGAGGAUCUCGAGGAGUCCUCGUCCCUCCGGAUCCCCGGAAAAUCGGAAAUUGGCGGAUGAUAUCCUCCAGCAGUUCCGGACUUACACUCUUGACCACACCUGGGUGGAGAGCCACUACGCCAAGUUACAGUUUCCGGACAGGACUCGCCCCAAUACGCUGAAGAUCAUUGGUGCUGGCGAUAAACUUACCGAGGCCUUUCCAUUCAAAGACCAGGAGGUGUACUGCCCAUACAGUGCUGUGGGGACUGCUAAGGCAGGGCUGGUGUACGUAAACUAUGGGACGAAGGAGGACUACAAGAUACUGAGUAGCUGGGGAGUGAAUGUCACCGACAACCUGGUCAUUGUGAGGACCGGAUCUAUUACCUUUGCGGAGAAGGUGUACAACGCUGAGCGGGCCGGAGCCGUGGGUGUCCUGAUAUUCACAGACAUGAUUGAUGCCGCAGUAUAUGGACAUGUUCACUUCGGUACUGGAGACCCCGACACUCCCGGAUUCCCAUCAUUUAACCACACCCAGUUCCCGCCUUUCAAAUCCUCAGGACUGCCCAAAAUUCCGGCUCAGCCAAUAGAUAAAGCCACAGCUCUGUCUUUACUCAGCAAACUCAAAGGUCGGGAGGCACCUUCACAGUGGCGGAAUCCAGCUUUUCCAUCUCAUUACCUGGGCCCCAAUCUGACUGAGGGUCAACUGGUUCAGUUAGAGGUCAACAACGUGGAGCGAAGUGUAGAGCUGGUCAAUGUGUUCGGAAGUAUAACUGGACGCUUCGAGCCUGAACACUAUAUCGUGGUGGGUGCCCAACGUGAUUCCUGGGGGCCGGGGGCUGCCAAGUCCGGAGUAGGCACGGCCAUUUUGCUGGAGUUGCUACGUUCAAUGACCAUGAUGGUGGGAAGUGGAUUCCAACCUCGGCGCAGUAUUUUGUUCGUGAGCUGGGAUGGAGGAGAGUUUGGAAGUAUCGGGGCCACAGAAUGGCUGGAGGGGUACCUUAGCAUGCUGCACCUCAAAGUCGCCACCUACAUGAGCCUGGACACCCCACUUCUAGGUGAUGAAAAGUUUGUAGCGAAGUCCAGCCCCCUGUUCAGGAGCCUAAUAGAGAACAUCAUCAAACAGGUUGACAAUCCGCGUCAGAGCAAGCAAAGCAUCUAUGAAAAUGCAAUAUCGUAUGGGGACUUAAAUUCAGAGGUAUUUGCCCCACUUGCGAUGGACACGGGCAGCUUUGCCUUCACCGCCUUUGCCGGAGUUCCCGCACUGGAGUUAUCAUUUGUGGAGCGAUCAAACCCAUACAAGUAUCUGGACACCAAGAUGGACACGUAUGACAAUCUGAACAUUGUUAUGGGUGGUCGAUUACCAGCGGUGGCUCUGACACUGGCACAGGUCGCCGGUCUGUCUCUGAUGAAGCUGUCCCAUGACCGGAUCCUUCCUCUGGAAUACACGGCCUAUAACACGCUGCUCCUAGAGCAUCUGCUCAGCCUGAGAAAGUACACCAGCAAGCUAGAGCCUCAGGGUCUGACCCUUUCCUGGUUGUACUCGGCACGCGGGGAUUAUGUGCGAGCAACGGACAGACUGAAGAAGGCAAUUGCAAAUUCCGACCUCCACAACGAGAAGAUGAUCCAGUUCUUCAACGUGCGCAUCAUGAGGGUGGAGUUCUACUUCCUGUCCCAGUAUGUGUCCGCCAUCAAUUACCCGUACCGCCAUAUCCUCAUCGGGCGAGGCGAUCACACCUUGGAAGCCUUGAUGGAACAGCUCAGCCGGGAAAACAUUGACAGCAGCGAGCUGCGCAAGCAGAUCGCCCUCUUCACCUGGACCCUGGUGGGAGCAGCCAACGCCUUGAGCGGGGAGGUUUGGGAGGUCCAAAGGAAUUUCUAGAUCAGGGGAGCUUGUCAAGUCAACAUGCACCUAUAGGCUGCCAGAGCUCAAUGCUGGACCCUUUCUACAUCCCACCCAGCAACCAGUCACGGGGGUCCCCCCGUCUUCAUAAUUUAUCAGUGACAGUGAUCACUAUAAAGGUUUUCUUUCUUUCUUUUUUUUGUAUCUGCUGGCUGCUCGUCCCAUUGCUGCUGCUUUGCCAUACACAAGUGCCAGGAUGAAGUCAUGUUUAUCAGCGACAGGGCUCGUUAUAAAUUACUGUUACGACUUCAUUGCGUGGUGCCAACCGGUGCCCACCUAUUGCUUAAGCAGCUUUUGCUAUGAAUUCCGGGAAGGGCUACUUAAAGGGGCCUUUUGUUAUAAAAGAUCGACCAAAUAAUUAGACAUUUGCACUGCUUAAAAUCUC